CCUUUACCCCCUGACCUGUAGCAGUGCCCUACUGAGCAUGGUGAGCAAACGAGGUCACUAUGCCCCGCGAUCAUGAUUUUCAUCUUAAAACACCUUUAGCACGUCGAAGCAGCUACUUGGACGGGACUGCACCCAUGCUGCUGUGACUACCAUAUUUGUUAGGCCACCACAGAAAAAGAUAUGUUGUUUGUUUUACGUCUAAACCCUGUUCCACAGUGCUGGUCGAAGUACUCUACAAGCAGAGGUUGGUAGGGGAAAUCGUGACCUCACCACCAUCUUUGGAGCCUGUACGGACUGGAGACUUCACGAAGUUCUGCAACCAAGCAAGUAUCAUACUCAUACUGUGGUCUAGAAUCCAGCCAUUCCCUGGAAUACUAUAUCAGUUGGAAACAAUUGGAAGAUCCGCACAGGCCCGUUUUCUGUUACCACAAACACGUCAACACCUCGGGGUGGACAAGCUACAGUGGCCACUGUGCCAUGGAUGAAGCAACGUGUGUGGAUGUCCAUCUUCUGCGAGACCAAGAGGAUCGUACUUCUUCAGAAAACGUUGUGAACAGCUUGCUUCCCGAGCAGUCCUCGAUUGUCUAUCACCAGCAUCGUCAAACUGCCGGCCGGGAACCAGAUGUUAGCUCUCACCGCCUCUGGUGUACCAGGCAUCAGGAAGACAUUCUACGUUGGUUGGACUUUUUAAUCAUCCUACUGUUGAUUGGUCCGUUAACUGUGGCCUACUGGCGCGGAACAUGGUCUCUCAUGAAUGUUUACUUGUUUCCAAAUGACGAUGUCAUAAGUGCAUGGACAUCCUUUGCUAUAGGGACGUCGGUGAGUUUGAUACUGAAUUUUGCGCAAGGAAAUUUAGAGAACAAGUUUGCAAGACGGAAUGUUGUUUUUCACGUUCUGUUUAGGGUCUAUAUUUACGUUUUCGGACUUGCUGUCGUGAACCAUUGGAGGGGGUGUUGGUACAUCCUUGACAAAUAUACAAAUAUGACAGUUUUAAGUGCCGUAAUCUCAGUUAUUGUACCUAUCCCUAUUCUUUUAGUUCUCCGCGCAUGUGGAAAUCUUGUUGCGGCUCCUGGGGUUAUCCUCGUGGACAUUAGCGACACUCCAUUCAAAGUAGGAACCCGAUUUGCGGCAGAGGUAUCAAUUUCGUGGACGUUCAUUGGUGACGUUGUCCUGACAGUUAUUUUCAUUGGUUCACUCAUCGUGGGCUCCUGGCGAGGUAUAUGGCUACUUUUUGACAUUUUCCUGUUUCCAACUGACAAAAAAAACUCGGCUUUGUCGUCUGUAGGAAUCGGUUACGGGACGCUCUUUCUUCUUGUCCUGCUCGAAGCACCUGUAUCCAACCUUCUCCGCAAGACGAGAAAACUCAGUGCCCGUAUAGUAAUGGAAGAUGCCUUCAAACUUGCGGCGUGGGUUGGGGUUUUGAAUGUAUGGAGAGGGUUUUGGCUGGUUUGUGACAGCUACAUUUUGCCGGACAAUCCAGUCCAAAGCUACUGGAUCACGCACGGGGUCGGGAUCGGCGGUUUGCUCCUCCUGCAGGCGGGACGGAGCGUCCUGGUGGCCGGCUGUGUGGUGGACGGUGAGACGGUGGACGGGAGCGGCGUGAGGAUGGGCAGGUACCUGGAACACAUCUGUCCUAAACUGGUACGUCUAUCUACGGUGCAGGUCUCUAACCAGCGUAACCAUAGUGACGUGGGACAACAAACAACGUUACGUUUACAAGACGCUGUACAAUACGAGACAAGCCUGUAGCCUGCUGGGUCUCUCUUGCUUCUGAGAUUUCGGACGGUGAUCCAACAAAUGUAAAAGUUAAUUUAACAAUUUAAAACUGAAAUGUAUUGAAGCACUGUUAUUUUUCAAAAUAUAAUAUCUUGAUUAUACAGGGUGUCAACAUAAGGGGACCGGGGUUUAUGUCAUUUUCUAUUGAAUGUUCUCAUCACUCAGAUGCCAGAUCGAAAAUUGUAAGCCUCUUGGCUUGCCAGCAGAGGUCACCCCAAAACCACUAGGGUCGGCAAGUCCUUCCAGGCCCGGUAGGGUAAUCAGAAACCUUUUCCCUGGGACUUAAAAUUACAUAUUCUGCUCCGGUGGUUGCAAGAUUAAAAUUGGCUAGACGAAGACAGACCUACUCGGCAUGACUAUAUGAGUGAAACAUUGCAUGUAUAGUUAUGAUAGGAUAAGAUGAUACGGUGAGCGUUUUUUAUUACUGUACGGAAAAAAAUCCUAUGAAAAGGACAAUCUGG